CCCCAUUUGUUCUGCUAUUGGCACCAUUGAGAAACCAACUGGUUGGCACUCCUUCAGUUGCCAGCUGCGCCAUUUGCCGAUACCACACCGAAAAGUCUGAUCCCAACUUGUCCCGGAAUUAGUUUCGGAUAAGUUGUAAAGUAACUGAGAUAGUAGUGUUGCUGAGUUAAAAAAUCGAAAAUUAUGGCAUCCCUUUGUGCUAGAAUGGUAGCCAGUAACGCACGGAGACACAUUUUUUCGUCCAGCAUCCGUUGCUCAUCGAAAGUAACGUUGGGCGAUCCCGUGGAACAUGCGACUGGUCUAGAAAAGCGCGAAAUCCUGGCCAAGCUCGCCGGUAACGACAACCCCUUUGAUAUGCGAGUGAUCAAAAGGGGCGUAGGCUCUAAAGCCCAACCCACCCCGAUUCCAUCUGCGUUCGAUUCAAGACUGGUGGGUUGUGUGUGUGAAGAAGAAGCCACCACCAUUAAUUGGAUGUGGCUCCACAAAGGAGAACCAAGAAGGUGUGAAUGCGGCCACUGGUUCAACUUGGUUCACAAGGCUCCUGUAUAACUUACUCAUUGUUGUAAAUUAGAUAUGUCUAUAUAGUAUUUAAAAAAAUGAUUCAAAUCAGUCA